ACACUGCUUGUUUUGUAUUAACGAGAUUAACUGACAAUACUGAGUCUGAAGACAGAAGAAAUAUAAGUAUUCCUAUAAAAAGGACACUUUGUAUAAGGAAAGAACUAAAAUGAAAGAGUUUAAAAAUAUCCUUAUUGUUUCUUUUGGGUUUUUGCUCUUGUUUACAGCAUUUGGCGGACUUCAGACGUUGCAAAGCAGUCUCAAUUCUGAUGAAGGCUUAGGAGUCGCUUCCCUAAGUGUAAUUUAUGGUGCACUUAUUAUAUCUUCUGUGUUUGUUCCUUCUAUUCUCAUUAAGAAGAUAGGCCUCAAAUGGACCAUUUUUGCUUCUAUGUGUUGUCAUGUCACUUAUUCCCUUGGAAAUUUCUAUGCCAGCUGGUAUACCCUCAUUCCCACAUCUUUGAUUUUAGGAUUUGGAGGGGCUCCAUUGUGGGCAGCAAAAUGCACAUAUUUGACAGAGAGCGGAAAUCGCUAUGCAGAGAAAAAAGGAAAACUUCCAAAAGAUAUUGUUAAUCAAUACUUUGGCCUUUUCUUUCUGAUAUUCCAGUCAUCUGGUGUUUGGGGGAACCUCAUUUCAUCCUUGAUUUUUGGCCAGGAUUCCCUUGCAGGAUUGAAUAAUAGUUUUCCUGACUAUUCGCAAUGUGGACCAAAUGACUGUCCAGGUUCUAAUUUUGGCAAUGGAACUGGCUCAAUAAAGCCAAGCCAAAGCUUGAUAUAUAUUCUUUUAGGUGUUUAUACAGGCAGCGGGGUGCUUGCUGUUAUACUUAUCGCUGUAUUUUUGGAUACCAUCAAUUUGAGAACUGAUCAGCUGAAACCUGGAACUAAGGAAGAAUCCUUUAUAAAAAAGACCUUGGCGACUAUCAGACAUCUUAAAGAUAAACGGCAAUGUCUUCUUAUCCCUUUAACCAUGUACAGUGGGUUUGAACAAGGAUUUCUUGCUGGUGACUAUACAAAAUCCUAUGUUACCUGCAGCCUUGGGAUCCAUUUUGUUGGCUAUGUAAUGAUUUGCUUUGCAGCAACCAACGCAGUUUGUUCUUUGUUGUUCGGACAACUUUCCAAAUACACAGGGAGGAUAUUUCUUUUUAUCAUGGCUGCUGUACUUAAUGCUGCAAGCAUAAUCGCACUACUUCUAUGGCAGCCACAUCCAAAUGAUUUUGCGGUGUUCUUCAUAUUCCCAGCCAUCUGGGGCAUAGCAGAUGCCGUCUGGCAGACACAAACAAAUGCUCUCUUUGGGGUAUUGUUUGAUGAACACAAGGAAGAAGCAUUUGCCAAUUAUUGCCUGUGGGAGUCUUUGGGAUUCGUUAUAGCUUAUGGCUAUAGUACAUUUUUAUGUGUCUCUAUCAAGUUGUACAUUUUACUAGCAGUGUUGUUGAUAGCUAUUGUAUCAUAUGGAUGUGUUGAAUAUCUUGAGUAUGUCGAGCACAAAAAAGCAACAAGUACUAGUAUUUCACAAAAUGAGGACAACAAUUCAGUGUACAAGCAGACACCUAUGUAGCUGCAUUAUAUAAAUUUGUAUCCAACUUUUUAAUUUAAAAAAAAAAAUUCUAACAAUUUCUAAAAAAAAAUAUUGAAAGAACAGUGCCAUAGAGUAUCUGAUCAUAUUUUAUUAUUGUGCUCUAAUGUAAAAUAAAGUCUUUUUUUUUUA